AUGUUAGGUGGCCUAUUUAGUCUCCAUAUGACUAGCAACGAUAAUCAACGGGGCGAAUUUUCCGCUAAAGAGUUUGGACGCGCUGAGGCUGUCAUCUUUGCUAUUGACAGCGUAAACAAGAAUUCCAGUCUUCUACCAAACGUUUCCAUCGGGUGCGACAUACGAAACUAUUGUGACAGUCGGGCACUGGCGAUGCAAGUAGCGUACGACUUCAAGCGUAAUAGUGAUCCAGUUUGUAUGCAUAAAUCGAACUCCUCCAUGUCUGCAAACAGCAGUUACACCAAGUGGGCCUGGUCCAAGGCCAUCUGAGCGCUUGUUGGUUUUUAUAAUUCUGCCAGCGCGGUCCUGGUAGCAAGCCUACUUCAGGCCGCUGACAUUCCUGCCAUUAGCUCAACUACAACAAGCGAAGAAUUGAGUUCACAGUUUUACAAAGACUUUUUCAGGACAGUCCCUUCUGAUAAGUGGGUAGCAAAAGCCAUAGCAGACAUCAUAGAACGCUUUAACUGGACAUACGUGGCGGUUGUUGGUUUGGAUGACUCUUUUGGAAGAAGUGGCAUUUUAGCGCUAGAAAGAGAAUCGCACAAUCGUACGUUCUGUAUUGCUUUUUAUGAGUUGAUCCCUCGCCUAGACUACCACGACAACAUGGAACGGACCGUUGCUAGAAUCAGGAAGCACGGUACAAUAGGGGUGAUAAUCGUUUGGCUUUAUGGCAAAUACCUCGAAAAAUUCUUCAUUGAGGCGACAGAAAAUGGUUUACAAGGAAAGACUUUGAUACUAAGCGACGGAAGCACUAUCGAAGAAUCAUUUCUCUUGGACCCACGCUUCUCGAUUCUCAAUGGAUCACUGGUAAUAGAUUUAUACGAUUAUCCUUUUCCUGCAUUUGAGGAACACGUUAAGAAUAUCACUUCCGCAAAAAGCGCCGAGCGCGACGUAAAAUGGUGGCGAGAGUUCUGGCGAUCGCAAUUUAACGGUUCAAUGGGCAAAUCGAUUGAUUUAGGGAUUACACCGUGCAAGAGAAACCUAACACAGGACCAAGCGCUUUUUAAGCUACGCAGCUCCUUCGUAUCAUAUCUAAUUGAUGCUGUGUACGCCAUUGCAUAUGCUCUAGAUUCCAUCUACCGCUGUACCACUGAACAAGGUUUUCGAAAUGAAGGUAGACCGUGUCCUUUGGCCAAUCCGACCAUUAAGGGACGCGAUCUAAAAAAAUAUGACUCUUUGCAGUCAAAACUACCAAACUGGCCUUUUCACGCUAAAUUAUCCAAACCUCUAGGAAACAGACGAAGUAUGUCGUAGUACUUGAAGGUUGGAAGUAGUCGGUAUCCUCGUGUAGAGAGAAAGGUGAUGGUGGGAACUUGGAACAAGGAUAGCACGCCUGAACUCAAGAUAAACACAUCGCUAUUACGCUGGAAAACUAUGUCACCCUAGGUGUCUUUCUGUUCAACAAAAUGCCUUCCAGGCACCAAAAGGGAAAUUACCUCGCCGUGUUGUUGGGACUGCGUUAACUGUCCUCAGGGAACCAUCAGUGCCGAGAUCGGAUCCACGAGCUGCUCAGUGUGUGAGCCAGAAACAAAGCCAAAUGAUGGGAGCACCAGGUGUGAAAAUCUACCCAUCUUAAACGUCACUCUCAAAACCGCCGCAAGAAUAACCAUAACAGUGGUGGCUUCCAUCGUAUUCAUUCUCACAUUGUUAGUGUGCGGCACCUACAUCAAUUUUUAUAACACCCCAAUCGUGAAGGCUUCGAACAAAGAGGCCUCUCUUCUGCUGCUUUUUGGCAUCUCAGGUCUCCUUAUAUUAGCUGUCCUUGACGUUUCUGAACCUAGCGAUUUUCUUUGCAUUCCAGCAACUUUCUGGCGUUAUUUCACCCUCAAUCUGUGUGUUACAGUGCUCUUUACGAAAACGAUGCGGAUUACAAGCGUGUUUGAGAUUGACAAAGUGGCCCAGUUGUUUACACCAUGUUACAAAACCGUGGCAAGGCAAACCAUUUUUGUUUCUGUAGUGAAUGCAGUUCCAAUCUCUCUGUUAAUUCUUUGGGUGUUUACGGAUACUCCUGGGUGCGAAAAGAUCAUUCGUUCAGAUGAGUACAUCUUUCUUGUGUGCAAUCAUUAUUACACCAACACCGGCUUCGCACUCUUCAUUGCUGUUUCUUUUUACGUACUAACUGUGGCUCUCUUGUGUACGUAUUACUCUUUUAAAGCAAGAGGAAUUCCUGAAAACUUCAACGAGACAAAAUACAUAGGUUUCUCCAUGUACAUUCUACUGUUGUCAUCAAUAGUAUAUUACCCUGUGGCGUUUAGGUUUUUUAUAGUUGGUACGUAACACUCGUUUCUUGUUUAACGACGUUAGUAUCGGCGUCUGGCUUGUUAGGUUGCAUGUUCGUGCCCAAAGUCUACAUUCUUCUUUUCUGUCCCCAGCAAAACACGAUGGAAUACGUCAGGUCGCAGGUGUUGCGUUUCUCUUUUGGCAGCGUAGCAGGAGCAAGAGUUUUUCCGAAGCCCGUCAAUACCGGAAUAUCUAACCCAGCUCUAGAGCCAGAAAACGGAAGGGCUUGUACGAGUAAAUUAUAGUGUAAAUUACAGUUUUAUUUCUCAGAUUUAACAAAUGCUUGGUAAGAAUAGGGAAAAACUAAUUUAGUGUCGUUUUUUAACCUAAGCUACUUCUUUUACUUAGUUGAAUAUCGAUUAAGAAACUUUGAUUAACCCUUGAGCGAAUUGAUUGAGACCAAGAAGUGGUUGGCCACGAGGCCUUUUCUGCAUUGGUGUCUUUUAGCACAUUAGACAUUAAAAAGUACAGAAAAUUUCCACACAAGGAUAUUCGCCAUUAAAGUCGGCUGGGAAUAUUGAUCUUCUGACACUAUUUUAUGUACACUAAGAUGCACUGAAAGACAUUGAUAGCUAAAGCGGAGGACCAUCACUCGAAAGACAAUGGCACAACCAAAAAAGACAGUCUGACACCGACAUAGGCCGCAAAUGACCGCAUGAUCGAGAAUAAAUGAGUGGCGUGACAUCACACUAUAUGGUGACCAGAAUCAAACUGAAAUGAUCAAUUUUUAUUAACAUAAUAGCACGUAAAAAUCUGUCAUUCCCAGAUCAAAACGAUCUUGUACAAAGUUAGAUAAUCAAAGAACGCGAAUUUCAUUCAUGCAUGCCUUGUAGAAUUGGGCAAGAGAACUAAGCACCUGGCUGGGCCAUCAAAUGUUAACUCAAAUUCUGAAAAUGUGCAUGAAGUCGUUUAACAAAAGGAAAGCCACUCUAAGCCAAUACUUAUCAUAAUUUAUCAUUUAUCAUUUUUACAGCCCUCAUAGGAGAGUAAGACGAAACGAAGAUAUGUUAUUGUUUAACCAGGUUUGCAACCAAAAAUUUAGUAGGUUUUUUGAGUGUAACUCUGUCAGUAUUGGUCAGGAUUGGUCAGAAUUUCCAAAAUGACGAGGUAUCUAUACAAAGAUCUUUCGUUCCGGCAUUCGUUGCUUAACAACGUAAUCACUUAAAGUGAGGGCUAAGUCGGUUCAGGAAUGUGUAAUCUGCACUUUUCCAUACUGCUCCAAUUUACAGCCAAGGAAUAAUGCCUUCACGUCCAGAAGCAAUUAUGGGCGCAUGUGCCUCUUUAGCACUGUACUUCUACUAGGAAGUAUUUAUUUCUAUCAUAUUCUAUUUUUUUAACUUGGGAAUGAAAAAAGGAUUAUAAUGGAAAGUCAGUUGGCAGGUUCAUCAUUGUCAUCAUCAUUCUAUGGUGUGCGCCAGAAUAUUUUGCCCUACAAGAACUCGAUAAAGCGACACGAACUGUGACUGAACCGCUUCACAAACUUCCCACGUAUGUCUAUUCAUUCCUGAAUUAAUAUUUAGAUUUUAGGUUGGCCAACGAAAUGUCGAUUUCAGAAAUAAAGACACUUAUUACACAUUAGCUUCCUUUGCAUUAUCAGUCUAUGAACUAGAGUUUUUGAACUACCAACAAUUACUAGACGCACCAGAUAUUUUUAUCUUCCACAUUACUUUUAAAAAGUAUGUCUGUUAUUAUUUAUACCAACGACUCAAAAAUAAUGAUUUUCACACUAGACAAACCUGAGUCCCAAAUCCACCAAUAAUUUCAGCAGGGAGUGCUUUUAUUGCAAUAAGAGAUAUCAGGCUUCGCUAAUAGUUUUGAAACUUACCAACCAUUUUCAUGGUACACACUUGUUAUUUUGUUUCUAGUCAAAGUAAACUCUGCUAACAUGAAUACGUCUUGUAGAGGUUAUUUCACGAAAAUAGGAAUAGGAAAGUAAAUUAUAGUCAUCUUGUUUGUUCCUUUUUCUUUGAUCUAUUAGGAAUUUCCAAAAAAGAAGAAUAGACAAACUGAAUAGGGCAGGUGAACAUAACAAACUUUACAUAGCUAAGAAAAUAUAUAACGGACAGGUUAUCAACGUCGCCAAUGCAAGUCAAGUCAAGUAACUUUAUUUAAACUCGGUAAAAAUAUCAGGCAUAUAACUAAUAUAAAAUUCUAAGCUAUUCUUACAAUAUAAAUAUAUAUAUAACUUCACAGAAGUUCAGGUUUCACGAGUAAUCAUCGUUUUAUUGCUACAGAACUGUUUCGUAUGAUUACUCGUGAAACCUGAACUUCUGUGAAGUUAUAUAUAUAUUUAUAGCUGAUGCUCCUCAACCAAUUGAGUCGAGCGCUCUACGAAAUACGUUCUACUCAGAAAACGAAUUUAUAUAUAUAUAUAUAUAUAUAUAUUUAUAUAUAUAUAACCUAUGAUCUAACCUAUAUAAUAAUAUGAUAAUAAAUAGGACAUAAAGCAGAUGUACAUAUAAUAUUAAAUAAUGAAUAAAUAAUAGAUAGUAUAUCAAUUAAGUUAGCCUGCUUUCCAUGGAUGCCGAGUGUUUAUUAUUUCAAGGAUUCCUAGCAGCCAGAUUUAAAACUGUGUAUGGAUUCUGCCUGCCGAAGAGUCGAAGGCAAACCGUUCCAUAAGACCGCCCCGCUAUAACGAACACUAUUUUUAACAUAAUUAAUUGGUGCGGGGAAGAGGGACAUCAAAUUUAUUAGAGGAAUCUCUCAAGAAAUAAUUCGAAACACGAUUUACAAAUCUAUGCUGUAGAUAAUCAGGCGCUAAACCGUGAGUAUAUUUGUAAACGAUGUUUACUGUGUGGAGUACGCAACUCGCCUCAAUACUUCAAUUUUAAGUUAACUCUUUUGCAACACUUUGUUGUAGGAUGCAAGAAAACCCCACUCCACAAGUAGCUGCGGCGGAGGGGGGAACGAAAGUCUCUCCUUGAACAAAGAAGAAAGAAAAAGAAAAGAAAUAAUCAUCGACAAGGUGCCGUAUGCGGAUUAGAAUCCCGUCAAGUUUCCAGCUAUUCUGUCAACUCACUUUUAAACACAAUUACUUCAACUGAACGUACGAAAACAUAUUCAGUAAACGAAAACAAUGUCUUAAACCGCUAUGCUCAUCAUGCGGUUUAACAUAUUCAGCUUUAUCUAUAAAAUAUGAAAGCUCCUAAUGACUGCUCUUGUAAGUAGUCAUAUAGGCUACACUAGGGACUAACCAAUCAGAGCGCAGCAGAAAUUUGUGUUAACCAAUCAGAAUCAAGCAUUUAGCCCAUGUGACCAAAAUGACGUCACAAGCUCCCAUAUUUGGGCAUCCAAUUCACGUGACCCCAUGGGGAAAAGAACACGCACACACAAGAGGUUGAUCCACAUUCUUCACAUAGUUUUAUUGACCGCGUAAAGCCUGGUAACAAGCGGGACGCAUGCGCAGUUCAACCCCAGACGUUUCCCCUGGGCAGUCACGUGAAUGGGAUCGUAGGCACAUGCGCAGACCGCCAAACGACUCCCCAGGUCCCCCGCAUUCAUAGGAGCACAUGUCCGACUAGACCUACAGCGCAUGCGCAAACACUCAAACGAAGCCCCAGACCCCUCGCAUCACCGGAAGUCAAUAAAAACACACUGUAUGAAGGUCAACAUCAUCCAUCCAUAUCAUUUAAUACACGCAUGCCCAUACAACUGACAUAAUCGUUCCACAUGCGUGUCCACGCCUUUAGCACCGCCCGUGUAAAUAGUCAGAGGCAUGGUCUGUCAAAAACAAUGAAACACCGUGUUUUAGGGUGAGACAACACCAAGAGACCCACUUGGUGGAGCACCAUGAUCGCUUACCUUGGAUGGGAGAGCACUGUGAUGAAUGAGAUGACCGUCGUGCCACCUCUGGUAUUAAUAGCGGAAGGCGUAGGCUCUGAUUGGUGGAGCCUCCGAUCACACCACCCUCACGAGUUUCAAAGGCUGAGUCAGGAUUGGUGGAAAAAAGAUAGUAUGAGGAUCACGAGACGCAAGGACAUGGGCUAUAAAAGGCAGGCCAGACAUGCACCCAGCGUCAUUCCGCCCAGACAUGGAACGUCAAGCCACUCAACCUGCCGCGGUGCCCUCAGGACGCAAACGACGCCGAGUGAGUAGUAGUAAGAAACCCAAGGGGGAAAAAGAAGCCCUAGACAUGAAAGCCACCCGUGAACUCGAGAUGACUCUGAUCGGUGUGCCCCGAGCUGAAGCGGAGGAAUAUCAAGCGCAAGCUGUAGUGAAGAAAGUAGAACCGACCCCCACCAGUGAACUCGUGUGGGCCCUGAACGCCCUACCCCGAGCAGACCCACCCCCUACACCUUCCCCCGUCGUCUCACCCGUCCCCUCAGUGAACGACUUGAUGGAGGGCACCCUGAAAGAUUAUGAGGAAGAGUGUCUAGAGGAAGGGACGUGUCAGUCGGAUCCUGCCAAGGAAGAACAUGACCUCGAUCAGAUGGACACCCAGUUGAACGAGCUCUUGUAUGAAACGUGCCCCUUUCAUCCUUGUGAAUACAUCCAGUGCGUCAACCCCCAGACCCAAUUUGGCCAAUUGAGGUUCAAGUGCCCCCAAAAAGGAUGUCCCGUGUAUUUGUUUGAAGAUAGUCGGGAAGUGAUGAUGGAGAAAUUGAAAGAAGACACGCACCCUCAAGUCCGUGCCCGAGUGCAACGAGGGGAGCUCAAGUGCAAAUGUGGGUUGGUCCCUAGGAUGAAAUUGAGCCGGACCAGCAAGAAUUACCAGAAAGUGUUUUUCAGUUGUGGAAGCUUUCUCUCAGGGCAAGACCCCUGUGGCUACUUUCAAUGGCUCCAUGGCCCGCUGUGGUGCCCCCGAGAGCCAGCGCAACCCACGCUGAGACGAUGGGUGAAAGACACACCCCCUGAGCUCCAUACCAGAGAGGUUCUACCUAUCCCCCUUUUGAAAGGAAAAGGUUAUGAGAUGGAGACAUCCCCACCCUGGGAGAUGAACUUUAUCGAGAGGCAUAGACCGUGGGCCAAUCAGUUUGGGGAAGCCAUCAAAGCCAAGGAGCGAGCCUUGGAGAGCAGGCGCCAUUUGCAUAAGAACUUUGGUAGCUCGUGUUUGUUUUGAAAAAAGUCAUGUAGGUGUGUGAAAAAACUAUUAAAGACAGAGAUUGGCUAGGAUCGUGUGUCAGUGUCUUGAUGUCGUUGCCACGCGCUUAUGAAGAUCCCCAGCAACCCGGGGCCUUGGGCGGGGUCCAACCCUUUGCCCAAGCUCAUAAAUUGAAAACCCCGCAAGCGCAACGGAUUCUCCAAUCGGUGUUGAGUUAUACCCUCCACAAACCCCGACGGACGCGGUUUCCCACCGCGCCCACGUUGGUCUUUGACCGAGACGAACAAUGGCAGAUAGUCAUCUUCAGAGUCAAAGUGAGUUGUAUCACGUCAGUUGAUGGUAUUAAACUCUGGUUAUUAACCUGAUUGGUCAAUUAUAGCGACAUUCGUUGUAUAGUGCUGUGCGUUUUGCAACUCUUGGGUCUUUCCGUUCCGUCAAUCAUCUUAGCGGACCUCUUAGGAAACACAUGUUUACUUGUAAGAGUUCAAAAGGUCAUGGUUUGUGAUUCGUGAUUGGUAGAUUUCGAUCCGUUUUAUUUCUUUGGUAUUUCAAGGUUGAUUGCUUUGUGAGCAUCCUGUUUCUGGCAAUAAUCGACUUGUUUAAGUCUGCCUAGCAGAUUUUUCUGAUCUUUCUUAUUCUUGUCACUUGCAAGAAUAGAGCAACGUUUGCCUUCCUCCUUCGACAAAAAGUCCACUCACCAUCGCGACUUCCUUCGCUAUUCUUGAACAGUCUAGAGACAUUCUCAGCCAAGCUGGGCGAACAUUACAUUGUGAUUUGCAUUAACCCGCCUUCUUUAAAAUGAUUAACGGAACAAAAAUACCCGAAAUCCCUUCUAACUUUCCAUUACGCGCAGCGCGAUACAAUGAAUUUCGCUGUAAGUCCCGAUGUUAUUGGUCGUCUGUCAGUUAAGCCGUGAUGUUAUUGGCUAUGAAGACUCGUAAUGUCAUGUCAUUGGUGCGUUUCGAACCGCCUAUUGUCACAGUUAAACAGUGGUGUAUUGUUAGUCAAAUUAUCGGUUGUCCAGUCAUUCUCAGAGAAACCGGGUUCCUGUUUCUGAAAGUAUUAAAUUGAAAAUUCUAUUGCUCACCUUCUAGGCUCUAUACCAACAAUUCCCUGUUAACAUUCAAGUUUUAGGAACUCACUACUCGCCGCCUCUCUGGUCACCUUCUACAUUACGCCUGAAUCCUGCUAACUUUCAUUUGAGAUGCCAUGGGCCUAAAGUCUUCGCUUUUUCUGGUUAACAUUUUGUGGUAAACUUUUCAUUUUCAUACAAUACAAUUUUUCCAUCUACUCUAUGUUUUGUGGCAGCCCAGCGAACGCCUUUCAGCGACUAGUUUCUUAACUUGGAUUUUCGAGUUGUAAAACAGCUGCAGGUAGCUUGUGUAGUGAUAACUAAAUCACUUUCGAAUAACUUUCGAAUACACUUUUCAAGUUUUCAGGCAAGAAUAAGAGGUAUUCUUAAUCAAAACAACAAAACUGUCUCCGAUUUUUUUAUCAAGAGAGAUUAAUUGGUAGAAUACACUUCUUUUUUCAGCUUAAGUAUUUAAAAUACUUACAGAAGUCAUGUAAAUAUUUCAGUGUUAUAAAAGGUUUUAGUUUUAGAUUUUGCGAUGGAUUUUUAGAGAUUAAAAAGAUGCACAGCUCAGUUCUUGAAAGGCUUUAGCAAUAUCAUGUUUAAAAUUUCUGUAAAAAAUGUACCCUCAUAGGUUGGUCCAUCCGUAUUGGACAGAAACAGUGCUGUUAUUCAAAGUUUACAGUGUAAGAACGGUAAGAUUUGCAAACUAGAAGUUUAUUGUUUUAAGUAAAUGGUAAUAUUAAACGGGGCUUCUGCUUAGUCUAUAUAUUAGCUGUCUUAAAGAAUAAUAAACAUAGGCUAAUGAGGUACAAGUGGUUCACCUAUCUGACCUAUGCUUGAAACAUCAAUUCGCGUUCCCUCUAUUGUCUCAUGUUCCGGGUUUUUACCUUAUGGAUUGAAUUCAAAUGGGUCUUUGGAUUUAAACGUCGACCAGAAGUGCCUUAAGGACCUCCUUAGACCAACACGAACUGUGAUUGAACCCCUUCACAAACUUGUCAUGUAUAGUUGUUCAUUCUCGCACUAAUACUUAUAUUUGGGGGUAGUUUGGCCAACGAAAUUGGAAGUAAAGUUUAGCCGUUUCGAUUUCAAAGAUAAAGACACGUAUUAAACAUCAGUUUCUUUUGCAUUAUCUUUCUGAAUUAGAGUUUUCAACUAUAAGAAAUUACUUGACCAUGAGGUGCAUCGUGCAUAUUAUUAAACAAAUGUUUUAAUCUUCAAUACUAGUCUUUUAGUUAUUAAACUUGUCUGUUAUUAUCUACCACCAACACAAAAUUAAUCAGCUCCACAUAAUACAAAACUAAGUCCCACAUUAAUUUAUAAUUUCAGCAGCAGAUGUUUUAAUGUUUUGUUUUAAUAAAUAUCAGGCUUCACUAAUCGUUUUGAAACUUACCAAUGCAAGCAUUUGUUAACCACUUGUUAAAGUGCGUUAUAUUUCUUGUUACGUUAAACUCGUCUAUAACAUGAAUUCGCCUUAUAGUGGUAAUUUUAAUAAAAAUAGAGAAUAGCAAGGUAAAUUAAAGUCAUCAUGUUUGUUUCUCUUUCUGUGAGCGUUUGUGUCCAUAUAUUAACAGAAAUUUCUAAUUAAGGAGGAUAGGGCAGGUGAAAACAACAAAUUUUACAUAGAUAACAAGAUAUAUGACAGAUACGAGUUUCAACGACAAGUUAUGAACGUCGCAACUCGCCUAAAGGGUUCAAUUUUAGGUCACCUUUUUUGCAACCAGCUCCUUAAAAGACUGCACGAAAGCCCCCCUCCCCAAGUAGCUAUAGUGGAGUGGGGAAAUGAUGUCUCUCCUUGCAAAAAAGAGAAAUAGUCAUUGACAGGGUGCCGUGUGUAGAAUAAACGCAAUACUGCUAUUAAAUAAGCAGACCGCCCGUCAAGUUUUCAUCUAUUCUGUCGUCGCACAGUUAAACACAAUUUCAUACAUAAACUGAACGUGCGAAAACAUGUUCAAUAAACGAAAAUAAAUUUACCAAAAACGCCAUGCUUAUCCUGCGGUUUAACAUAUUCAGCUUUAUGUAUAAAAUAGGAAAUCUCUUAAUCAUAACUGUUCUUUACCCAACUACAAGUUAGAUGACUUGCUUGCUUUUACAUGUUUAUCGCCUUUUUUAGAAUAAAGAGAAAUUUUUGUUGCUUUGUCGAAGAUGAUAAUAGCAGCUCGUAACCAGACUAGUGAUAUCUUAAAAAUAAAGUAUUCCAUAGUGGUUUAUCCCAUGUACACGCAUUUGUCGUGACUGAAUAAGCCAAACACGGAAUUCACACUUCCUAGUAGUACACAAAAGAACAAAUUAUAUCUCUGGAAGUUUUCCAGUUUUUUUUUUUCAGCCAUGUUUAUGAAAAGCGCAGUCAUAAUGUCCAUAAAAUAACGAGAACUCAUUAAGGAAAAUAACUGACAAAAUGUAUAACUGACAAACAAAUAUGACUCGUACAACAUGAAAAGGGAAGUUACUUUAAAAUGGACGUCAUUAUAAUUUCAACAAAAGCAUUUUAAGUAUUUGAGACGCUGAAGUAACCUCUUUCUUGAGGGCUUUUACUUUGGUUCUUUGUUAAACAAGGAUCAUCUCUCGAUCUCAUACAGUAGCGGCAAGGUAAGUGACCUGGAAAUAUUUAUUCGUGUAUAUAGAUAUAAUGAACUUAAAAUAAAUCCCUACGCAUUAACUUACCGCAGUGUGCUUCUAGUCUUCACAUAUUUAACGCAUCGCAGAAACUUCCUCCGUAGGUUACGUUUUACCCCUUUUUGAUAGAUUACAAAAACUGGCUACCUCUGUAAAACAAACCGGGAUGGUAAACUACCAGCUAGGGUAAAGCUUUGCUCUCCACAAGGUGCAAAUGUUCAAUGACAAUUAAUUUAGAGUAUGGAAGUGGCGGUCGCCGCCACCGCCAAACCGAAACAACAAUGCUCAACGGUGUAGGUAGUCCAGUAGACAAUACGGCAGAAAUGGUUCGAUUUGUAAACUAAAUCGGGCUAGUAAACAACUAGAGUAAAGCUUUUCUGUCAAUAAGGGACAAAUUUCCAACGAAUUUUGAUAUGGAGCCUGAACGUUUCAGUCAUCGCCGCCAAACAAACAAAAAUGCAAAACGGGGUAGGAUUCUAAAGCAGAAAUGGUCCGGAAAAUGUGUAUUGAAAAAUAGAUGCCUUUAAAAAUUUGUCUGGUUGUCCUUGUAAAAUGUGGCAUUUCACGACUUGCUCCCUUAAACGCUUCGCAUUUUUCGUCUCCACAUUUUGGGGAUGAAAGAAUUUCUGGUGCUAAAUCUUGAGUUAGGCUCAUAACCAGUGAUAUUAAACAAGUAUGCAAACACACAAACCAGUUUAUAUUUUUAGUUCUCUUGAUGACCUAAUUUGUUUUAGGCGGCAAGAAUAACGAUGAAGACCUGGAUAAGAAAAACUGUUUCCUACUGCGUUAUAAGACUGACUCUCUUUGUUGUGCUAUUUGGACACUGUAAAUGCUGCAACCAAGCAUUGAGAGCCUAUAAAGAUAGCGACGUAAUGUUAGGUGCCCUAUUUAGUCUCCAUAUGGCUAGCAACGAUAAUCAACGGGGCGAAUUUUCCGCUAAAGAGUUUGGGCGCGCCGAGGCUCUCAUCUUUGCUAUUGACAGCGUAAACAAGAAUUCCAGUCUUCUACCAAACGUUUCCAUCGGGUACGACAUAAGAAACUAUUGUGACCGUCGAGCACUGGCGAUGCAAGUAGCCUACGACUUCAAGCGUAAUAGUGAUCCGAUUUGUAUGCAUAAAUGGAACUCCUCCAUGUCUGCAAACAGCAGUUACACCAAGUGGGCCGGGUCCAAGGCCAUCUCAGCGCUUAUUGGUCCUUAUAAUUCUGCCAGCGCGGUCCUGGUAGCAAGCCUACUUCAGGUCGCUGACAUUCCUGCCAUUAGCUCAACUACAACAAGCGAAGAAUUGAGUUCACAGUUUUACAGACUUUUUCAGGACAGCCCCUUCUGAUAAGUGGGUAGCAAAAGCCAUAGCAGACAUCAUAGAACGCUUUAACUGGACAUACGUAGCGGUUGUUGGUUUGGAUGACUCUUUUGGAAGAAGUGGCAUUUUAGCGCUAGAAAGGGAAUCGCUCAAUCGUACGUUCUGUAUUGCUUUUUAUGAGUUGAUUCCUCGCCUAGACUACCAAGACAACAUGGAACGGACCGUUGCUAGAAUCAAGAAGCACCGUACAAUAGGGGUGAUAAUCGUUUGGCUUUAUGGCAAAUACCUCGAAAAAUUCUUCAUUGUGGCGACAGAAAAUGGUUUACAAGGAAAGACUUUGAUACUAAGCGACGGAAGCACUAUCGAGGAAACAUUUCUCUUGGACCCACGCUUCUCGAUUCUCAAUGGAUCACUGGUAAUAGAUUUAUACGAUUAUCCUUUUCCAGCAUUCGAGGAACACGUUAAGAAUAUCACUUCCGCAAAAAGCGCCGAGCACGACGUAAAAUGGUGGCGAGAGUUCUGGCGAUCGCAAUUUAACUGUUCAAUGGGCAAAUCGAUUGAUUUAGGGAUUGCACCGUGCAAGAGAAACCUAACACAGGGCCAUGCGCUUUCUAAGCUACGCAGCUCCUUCGUAUCAUAUCUAAUUGAUGCUGUGUACGCCAUUGCAUGUGCUCUAGAUUCCGUCUACCGCUGUACCACUGAACAAGGUUUUCGAAAUGAAGGUAGACCGUGUCCUUUGGCCAAUCCGACCAUCAAGGGACGCGAUCUACAAAAAUAUGACUCUUUGCAGUCAAAACUACCAAACUGGCCUUUUCACGCUAAAUUAUCCAAACCUCUAGGAAACAGACGAAGUAUGUCGUAGUACUUGAAGGUUGGAAGUAGUCGGUAUCCUCGUGUAGAGAGAAAGGUCAUGGUGGGAACUUGGAACAAGGAUAGCACGCCUGAACUCAAGAUAAGCACAUCGCUAUUACGCUGGAAAACUAUGUCAACCCCGGUGUCUUUCUGUUCAACAAAAUGCCUUCCAGGCACCAAAAGGGAAAUUACCACGCCGUGUUGUUGGGACUGCGUUAACUGUCCUCAGGGAACCAUCAGUGCCGAGAUGGGAUCCACGAGCUGCUCAGUGUGUGAGCCAGAGACAAAGCCAAAUGAUGGGAGCACCAGAUGUGAAAAUCUACCCAUCUUAGACGUCACUCUCAAAACCGCCGGAGCAAUAACCAUAACAGUGGUGGCUUCCAUCGUAUUCAUUCUCACAUUGUUAGUGUGCUUUCACCUACAUCAAUUUUUAUGA